AAAUUUUUCGUACUGAAAGUGAAAACACGGUGAAAACAACACAUGCAAUUUCAUCUUGAUGUCAUGAAGUGUGCUAAGCUUUUCAUAACAAUUAAAUCUUGGACAAAACAUUAGUGAAACAGGAGGAAAGUUGAUAACUCUGUUAAUUUAUUCUUUUAUUUGAUCACGCAAUGGUUGGUGAAGAUGAUGUGUCGUCAAACAACGCCCCCAUCAAUAAUCUUGCUAGGGCACUCUUGGAAAACCAUGAACCCAAGUUUGUAGCUGCAGAAGACAGUCUUCAAGAUCUAACAGCCAAACAAGACAUGUUAAUGGGACAGGUGUUCAGACAAACAGAUCGUCUCAGUGAAGCUAUUAAGCAUACACAAGUUUAUGAAAUGGUUACCCAGACUAAAAUUUAUCAAAACAAACUCCUUAGUCUACAGAAAGAAAUGGCUGAUCUAAGUGAAAGAUCCCAAAAGAUAAAAAAAAGAGCAUUAAAGCUUCAACAGUCAAAACAACAUGAAGCACUGUUGCGGGAGCAAGCUAAAGAUCGCGAGUUGGAACGAGAAAAACAGUUAAUAGCCAGGCCCGCUAAGAGAAAUUAAUCAAACAAACUUGUCAUUUUGAAAAAAAAAAUAAUAAUAAUAACUAAAUAUGUAUAUUUAAAUUCCAGAAAUGUUCGUAAUAAUACAAAUUUAAAAAAACUUG